AUGGGGCGUGGGACCUUGAGGCCACGUGGUGAUUUGACCACAGUAUCUUCGGCCGAAGGCAAAAUGCCUAACGAAACGUGGCCGUUUCAGUUCAUAAGAUGCCCAACCUGUAUAAAUGUAGGGCUUCUCUUUGCCCUUCUUCACAUCGCAAACUUAACUUCUCUAGUGCCUAGCCUGAGAGAGAUCUUGGAGAAUUUGUACUGCUUAUUGAAGAGAGGAGUUGUCGUGCAUCCCAAGGAGGCGUGUUUUGCCGGACACCCUUCAAAAAGGAAGGCUGAUGUCAAGUCUUCAAGAAAUGAAGCUACGACUUCGAGGGCAAAGGAUGUGUCUUCGCAGAGGAAGAAGCCAAGGAUUCCUUCUGCUGAGAAGACUCAAAAGAUUGGCGAUAGGGGCAAUAUGCGGGAUGGUCCACUCAAGCCUCAUACAGAUAAGCUUGGAGACUAUAAUCUGCUCUAUGAAAUGGUUCACUCACGAACUGGUUCACCUGUUGAGAGGCAAAGAGAUGUUGAUAUUCCUUUUCGUGUUGUUGAGUCACGAGCAGUCAAGCGUGAAGUUGAUCCAGUGUCAUUGACUUCAUUGGAAGUGAGGAUGGCGGCGGCUAAGAAGACGAGAAAGUCAUCUGCCCGAGCGAAGAGCUCUUCUGCAAUGUCAGCGGCUGAUCCCAAGAUGGACAAGUUUAGCCCUGAAGGAGAUGUAGGUGUGUCUGAUCUGCCUAAGACGAACUUUCUAUCAAGUUCAUCCACUUGUGCUGAGCUAGUUGAUCAAAUCCGUCAGGCUGGUGAUCUUGGAGUAGCUUUUGUUGCUAAAACUAUCCGAAACUCGUCUGUUGUUGCCCCUUCUUCUGCUGCUAACUUGGUUAGUAAAAAAAGGGUAUACUUUCAUCUUGAGCGCAAGAAUGCUGACAUCUCUCUUAGCAAUGACAAGCUCCUAGCUAGAUUUUGUGUUAAUCACAAGUCUGCUGAAGAAUCCAAGUUCGAAGCUACCAUGGAUGUGUACAAGCUGGGCUAUUUGGAUUGCAAAAAUGGGUAUGCUCCCUUCUACGCCAUUAGAGAUGAAGACAUCGAGGAGCUCUGCCCUAACUUGCUCCCUGUUCAAAGUAAGCAGGUCAAUGCUGCGAACAUGGAAGGAGCUGAAGAGCAAGCAGCUGAAGAGGUGGUAGGUGGAGCUGCUGAGAGCGUGGCUAAUCAGGAGGAUGCCAAAGAAGCUAUAGAUCAGGGAUCUCCUGUCGACUCCAAGUAUGUUCUACAUAUCUCGUAG